AUGCAGAGACGCCCGUCGCGAAGUCGAAGCCCAGCGAAAGGCGACGCCGGCGAGAAAGAAGAUGUACAACUGGACUCCUUGGUCCAGAUCGGUGCGGGCAUGGGCCUGUCCUUGGACCAGGCUUUCGCCCUUGGAGAGCAAGUCCUUAGUGGGCAGAUUGCACGGGUCGGUGGCGACAUCGUCCAGAUCAAGCAGCCGAGUGAAGCAGAGGCGCAGGUGCAGGAGGUGCGGAGUACCCUGGAUGCGGGUUUGCUCACGGACAUCCAGCACGGGCAGAAGACCCAAACUGCCGCGGCGAUCGAGGAGCAGUCGGUGCCAGAGCCAGCGGGGUCUCCGGAUUCCCGGAAGGUUCAAAAAGAACCCUCCGAAGCCGAAAAGCUUUUGGCUGGUAUGGAGAAGAUGUCCAAGAAGUUCAAAGAGCAGCUCUCAUCUUUGCAGCAGCUGCCGGGGACACCGGGAAGCUCCAAGGUCUUGAAGGACAUGCUGCGUUACUACGGCAGCUUGGUGAGCACGUGGGAGCGCUGCCUGAGCAAACUUGCGCCUAUGGAGCCGCUGGAGGACUUGCAGCACCUGCCUGUGACCAUCGAGGUCCGUGGCUUCAUGCGGCCGGAAUGCAACAGGGAUUUCAAGCUGGACAAAGAUUCCAACUUGAACGGAAAGCCGGUGUACCGCACCCAGGACGACGGCGAGGAGUAUUUCCUUUACUGGACAUCUCUUCGCUGGCGAAUAUGCAAGCGGCUGCAAAAGGAUCACGGCUCAUAUCACGACCUACAGCAUGCUGUUCGAUGGGGUGCUGAGAGGUUCGUGGCAGAACAAUGCGAGGGCAUGGAAACCAGCUACUGGGUCGAGUUCUAUGACGAUGGAGGAUAUCAGAUGUUGAACAUCCUGUUCAACCCCGUAUUUGCAGACUUGCGUCAGCCGCAAACCCCGCCAGAGUUUAAGGAGGAAGCCUUCGUCGUGGACAAGACGAAUUUUCCUCGAAGUCAGCCUCCAAAGGGCUACGAGGCGGGCCUGUACUACCACCUGGACACCAGCUCGGGAAAAAUGGAUCGGAAGACCCAUGUGACAUGGGGCAAGACGAUUCGUGGGGUUGCCUAUGGAAACUACGUGAAGGUGGGCACUGUCUUCCUCCCAUGCAUCUUGCGGGGAAGGAAGGUUCUGACGCUUCUGAAGGACAUGGAUCGUGACAAGCUAGACAGCAUGAGGCAAGAGUUCUCAGGCUCCGAGGACGAGUAA